AUGGAAAGUUAUGCUGAUGAAUUCGAAGAACUCGAAGAUGAAGUUCGAAUAGUAUUAUUAGGGAAAACAGGAAGUGGAAAAAGUGCAACUGGAAAUAGUAUUCUUGGAAUAGAUUCUCGAUUUAAAGUGUCUUCAUCAGCGUCAUCAGUUACUCUUAGAUGCAAAAGAGGUGUAGCAACACGAUUCAAAAAAGAUAUUUAUGUUAUUGAUACACCUGGCUUGUUUGAUACUAAGUCAUCUAAUAGUGAUGUACAAAAAGAAAUAGUAAGAUGUAUAUCAUUAACAACUCCAGGACCACAUGCUUUUAUACUAGUCCUUGGUUCAACAAGAUUUACGAAAGAAGAAUAUGACGCUGUUACACAUUUUGUUGACCACUUUGGUGAACGAAUAUUUGACUAUUUUAUAAUACUUUUCACCAGAAAAGAUGACUGGAAUCACGACAAUAAAACGUUAGAAGAUCAUUUAAAGAGUAUACCCUCUAACCUUAAAGAAAUUGUUGAGAAAUGUGGAAACCGAUGUCUAGCCUUCAACAAUAGGGCUAGAGGCAAAACUCAAGACCUUCAACUUAGAAGUUUGUUAAAGAUGAUUAAAGGAAUCUUUCAGAAAAAUGGUCAAAAAUAUUACACAAACGAAAUAUAUGAAGAAGCAACACGCCUUAUGGAGCAAAGAGAAAAGGAAAUAAAAAAAGAUUUAGAAAUGAAGAGGCAAGAAGAGAUUAAAAAGAUAAGAGAAGAAAUAGAAAUAAGAUAUCAAGAAAGAAACAAAAUAUAUGAGGAGAAGUUGAAUGGCAUGACAGCAAAAAACCAGCUCAUGAUAUUAGAUCUUACAGCUAAAAAUCAAAAAGUUGAGAGUCUUACGAGUUCUAUCUCUUCCUUAACCGAAAAACUAAGAAAACAGAGAGAAGAUGAUGGAAAAACCAAAGAAGAAUUAUUGGAUAACAUAAAAGAGAAAAUAAAAGAAAUGUCGAAUGAAGAGAAAGAAAAGCAACUAAAUGACUACAAAAAGGCAGACAAUUAUAAAAAAGCAAAAGAACAGGCAAGGGAAGAAAAAGAAAAAGAAAUGUUCUUUAUGAGGCGAGGUUGGCGUGCAUUCAGGCGAUGGUUUGGAGAAAUAAGUGACUAA